UUUAUUCUGUAAAAUAUUCUGUAAUAUCCGUAUAUAUAAUGUCAAACAUCAAGAAUAUGAACGAAGAAUUGAAGAUUAAAAUCGACGAAUGGCUUAAUUGGGAUCAGAAUACGGAAACAUUGAAUGAGAUCAGAGGACUGGUCGACGGCAAACAAACGGACAAAUUGUCAAAACUAUUGCUCAAUCGGCUAGACUUCGGUACGGCCGGUCUCAGGGGUCGUAUGGGUGCCGGUUAUGCCGCUAUGAACGACCUGGUUGUCAUACAGACGUCGCAAGGAUUGGCCAAAUAUUUGCUGGAAUUGGACGAAAUAGCCGCCAAAAACGGUGGUGUCGUUAUCGGGUACGACGGCCGACACAAUUCAGAACGAUUUGCACGAUUGUCGGCCAACACUUUUCUGACGGCCGGAAUCAAAGUCCAUCUGUUUUCGACAUUAGUUCCGACACCGUUUGUGGCCUAUGCUAUCCGACUGUUAUCGGCUGCCGCUGGACUAAUGGUAACGGCAUCUCAUAAUCCCAAACAAGACAACGGAUACAAAGUGUACUUUUCAAACGGCGCCCAAAUUACGUCACCGCACGACAAGAACAUACAGAAACAUAUAUUAAUAAAUCUGGAGCCGUGGACAGGGGUUUGGGUGAAUGACCCGAGACAUGAUAACAAAUGUAUGGAUCCGUUAGACAUAGUUUGGAAAAACUAUUUCACAACACUCGAGUCGCACGUCUACGACAAGAAGGCCAUCCAAGAGUCCAACUUACGGAUAGUGUAUACACCGAUACACGGCGUCGGACACCGCUAUCUAACCGAAGCUUUUCGGGUGUGUGGACUGAAAAACUAUUUUCCCGUCGAGAGUCAAAUGAAACCGGAUCCCGAAUUUUCGACCGUUGUUUUCCCGAAUCCCGAGGAAGGCAAAGGAGUUUUGGAUGAGUCAUUCAAGACGGCCGCCACAACUAAGUCAACGCUAAUCAUAGCCAACGAUCCCGAUAGCGACCGGUGCGCUGUUGCCGAAUACCAAUCGCGGGAGUCAAAGUGGCGUAUAUUUACGGGCAACGAAUUGGGCGCAUUGUUCGGUUGGUGGCAAUGGUUUAAACACAGUUCACGAAAAGACGCGUCGAAACCGGUUACUAAAGACGUCUAUAUGAUCUCAUCGACGGUCAGCUCAAAGAUAUUGGAAUCGAUGGCUAAAGUUGACGGUUUUAAUUGGUUGGAAACGUUGACAGGAUUUAAAUGGAUGGCCAAUAAAGGGCAUGAAUUGGAAAAAUUAGGCAAAACAGUGUUGUUUGCCUACGAAGAGGCCAUCGGUUUUAUGGUGGGAACCACUGUCCUCGAUAAGGACGGUAUCAGUGCGGCCGCAGAUAUACUAGGAUUAGCCGUCUAUCUGGACGGACACCGACAAUGCAAUUUAGCCGAUCAUUUGACCACAAUAUACAAUACAUACGGCUAUCACUAUAGUCUCAAUUCGUACUACAUUUGCUACGACCAGAAAGUGAUUAAACAAAUUUUCGACCGAUUGGCCACUUUUGACGGAACUCCGGGAACGUAUCCCAAACGAAUUGGCGGCUACGAUGUUGUCCGGGUUCGUGACCUGAAUCGCGGCUACGAUUCUGCGACCACCGAUAAGAAACCCAUAUUACCCACCAGUUCUUCGUCAUAUAUGUUGACAUUUUACUUUAGCAACGGCUUUGUACUGACCAUCCGGACGAGUGGUACCGAACCGAAAAUCAAGUACUACUCGGAAGCUAUAGCACCGCCAGAAAACAAAAAUUGGACACAAAUAGAGACGGAUUUACACGAUUUGGUCAAACAAACGAUUGCCAUCUGUUUAGAGCCCGAGAAGAAUGAUAUUCAACCGAAAAGCGAUUAAUUAAUUUAAUUAAUUAAUUAAUAGUUAACUAAUAAUCAAAAAUAAA